AUGAUGAAGUCCAACAGUCAUCCGCUGGCGCGCGAGCAGCUCGACUCGGAUGGAGUCAUCGAAAGGACGGUUCCCGAAACCCGGUCAUCUUUUCUUACGCAUUUCGUGUACACGUUGGAUUACAUCAUUGUGAGUGUGAUCAGAAACCUACAGUUCGUAAAACUACUGUUCCCUGAAACUUCGUCAAAAUCUUACCUCUUCUUGAUAUCAAGAGGCCGAAUAGGAGAGCGGGAUAUCCAUCAUGCGUCAAGAUCCGGCGAGCAGCACAACCGUGGUCGUCGUGGGAGGUGGUUGUCAACAUGUAUUGAGGGAUUCGUAUACAUGCUGUGGGAUUUUAUGCGCGAUUAUUUGCUUCCCCUUUGGAUUCCUGUGCUGCUGUUGCUGGAAGGAGAAAAAAUGCAGGAAAUGUGGAGCUCAGUUCGGGUGAAUUCCAGUUAACGAAGAAUUUCUCUCGAUUUUGCCGAGAAUCUCACGGAACAGAAGAACCAACCUUGCCAUCGGGAAGGCUGAAGUUAUUCAGAAUUUAGAAAAGAUGAAUCAAACGGGUUGUCUGCACUCCGUAAUGAGUUCAAGUCAAAAUUGUUGAAACCGCUGUGGGAAUAAUUAAAAUAUUCUACAAACCCUC